AUGUCAAAUACUAGACAAUAUACUACGGUUAUUGUUGGUUCUGGCUUAGCUGGUUUAACUACAACUUUAAAUUUAUUAGAAAAAGAUCAAAAUAAUAGAAAUAGAGUAAUAUUAAUUGAAAAAUGUAAUAAAUUGGGCGGUAAUUCAGUCAAAGCUUCAUCUGGUAUAAAUGGCGUCCCCACAAUUUAUCAGACUAAACCCGAUUCAAUUGAUGAUUUCUAUGCAGAUUCUAUAAAAUCAGGUAAGGGGUUAAAUAAUGAUGAAUUGGUACAUAUUUUAACUAGAGAAUCAAGUGAUGCUAUAAAUUGGUUAACACAAGAUAUGAAAAUUGAUUUAUCGGAAGUUACUCAAUUAGGUGGACAUUCAAAUCCAAGAACUCACAAGGGUGAAAAAUUGCCUCCUGGAUUUGCUAUAAUAUCUGCAUUGACUAAGAGAUUGCAAGAAUUAGAAGAGAAGAAACCCGAGGCUAUUAAUAUACUCAAAGAAACAGAAUUGACAAAGAUAGUUUAUAAAGAUGGAAUAGUUAAGGGUGUGGAGUAUAAACAAAAUGAGUCAGCUGAUAGUAUAAAUUGUGAUAAUUUGGUACUCGCAACAGGUGGAUUUUCAGCCGAUUCGAGAACACAAAAUUCAUUAUUAGUUAAAUAUAGACCCGAUCUAAUUAAAUUUCCAACUUCAAAUGGUAUUCAAACUACAGGUGAUGGUCAAAAAUUGGCAGUUAGAGAUUGUAAUGCUAAAUUAAUAGACAUGGAUAAGAUUCAAAUACAUCCGACCGGUUUUAUCAAAAUUGAUUCACCAAAUGAUUGUUGGAAAUUUCUUUGUGGAGAAUUAAUAAGAGGUAUUGGUGGUAUAUUAUUAGACUCAAAUGGUGAAAGGUUUACAAAUGAGUUAGGUACCAGAGAUCAUGUAACUAAUGAUGUUUUAGAACAUUGUAAAUUGGGAAAUAAUGAAUUGGGUUUACCUGAAGAUUCAGUAGCUAGUGUUAUUGUAGUAAGUCAUGAGGAUUAUUUAAAAGCAAAGAAUCAUAUAAACUUUUAUGCAUCUCAGAAACUAUUAACCAAAGGUUCCUAUAUUGAUCUAUACAAUUUACUCAAAAAAUUGAAUUCAAGAUUAUCAAUAUCAGUUGAAGAGCUUGAACAAAGCAUUAAAUCAGUCAACAGAUUCAUAAAAAAAGAAGAAACAGAUGCAAUUGGUAGAAUUGAAUUCGGAAAUUCAUUUAAUAAUGAAUUUUAUUUUGGUUUAACUACGCCUGUUUUACAUUUCACCAUGGGUGGUAUUCAAACAACAACAAAUAACCAAGUUGUAACUUGUGAUAAUCAAGUUAUACCCAAUUUAUACGCAGUUGGAGAAGUAAGUGGAGGAGUCCAUGGAGCAAAUAGACUCGGAGGUUCAUCAUUAUUAGAAUGUGUAGUAUUUGGUAAAAGAGUAAGCUUGAACAUAUUAGAUAAAUAG